AUGUCCUCGCAUCCUAGGAUACGAAACUCUUUGCUUGUGGGAGCAAAUAUUCUCAUUCCAAUUGCUAUAUUGAUAUUUGCUAGUGGCUUCUUUCCUUAUAAGCCAUUUCUUUCUGGACUGGCACAGUAUGAGUCUCUGGAUUAUGGAGCUCCUCCUGAAGCUCCAUUCGAUAAGGUCAUCUUUAUGGUUGUCGAUGCGCUGAGAAGCGACUUUGUAUUCUCAAGAAAUUCAGGAUUCCAGUUUACUCAAAGUCUCAUUUCCAAUGGCGCAGCACUUCCAUUCACAGCUCAUGCGACCUCCCCUACCAUUACUAUGCCACGAAUAAAAGCUAUAACAACUGGCUCUAUACCUUCUUUCCUCGACGUGAUUCUCAACUUCGCCGAAUCCGAUACAUCUUCGUCUUUGGCGAACCAAGAUACAUGGCUGGCACAAAUGAAAGCAAAAGGAGGGGGAAAGAUGAUCAUGUAUGGAGAUGACACUUGGUUGAAGCUAUUUCCGGAAACUUUUGAUAGGACAGAUGGGACUUCAAGCUUUUUCGUUUCGGUCAGUCGUCGAGUGGAUUUUACUGAAGUGGAUAGAAAUGUGACGAGACAUGUUCCGGAAGAGCUGAUGAUGGAUGACUGGAAUACCAUGGUUCUUCACUAUCUUGGACUCGAUCAUAUUGGACAUAAAGCAGGUCCACGGAGCCCGAAUAUGAUUCCCAAACAGCAAGAAAUGGAUGGUAUCGUCCAGUUGAUCUAUGAAAACAUGGAAACGAAAGACUACCUAAGCUCGACCCUCCUAAUUCUGUGUGGUGACCAUGGUAUGAACGAUGCUGGUAAUCAUGGUGGCUCUGCUCCUGGAGAAACUUCACCAGCUCUCGUCUUCAUGUCCCCAAAAUUCAAGGAUCUUGAACGUGAGGGUCAACGUUUUGAAGUCCCCGCUCCGUUUGAAGAAGAAUUCCAGUACUACAAGACUGUUGAACAGUCCGAUAUUGCUCCUACACUUGGAGCUCUUCUUGGAUUUCCUGUGCCCAAAAAUAACUUGGGAGCCGUCAUUGAUGACUUCUUACCUUUUUGGCCCGAAAGAAACGAUCGCGUUCAGAUCUUACUGCGGAAUGCGAGACAGAUCCUAAGUGUUAUCACUGCAACAUUUCCAUCUUUUGAAAACGGUGGUCCUUCCAAAGAUUGCCACGAACUAUCAAGUAGCGUUGAUGACUUAGCAUGUCAAUGGAGAAGCAUCACGCAAGGCCUGGUGGGUCUGAAAACUGAUGAGCAAGAUUAUGGUGCAUGGGUUAUAGCCGUCACAAAAUGGUUGAAGGAAGCUCAAGAGUUAAUGAGUGGUACAGCUAGUAAUUAUGAUGUCAAAAAAUUGAUUACUGGUCAAGUUGUUGCUGCUCUGGCUCUAGUCAUGGUAGCAGUGGCCGCCAGGCCAUUCAUAGUAAACCAUUUUAAGGCUGGUAUUCCAUUUAUAGCUAUUUGCUUGUCCUAUGGCAUUAUGAUGUUUGCUAGUAGUUAUGUUGAAGAAGAACAACAUUUCUGGUAUUGGACAACUACGGGAUGGCUAUUUCUCCUAUCAAUCAAAAAUAUACGACGUCAAUCCCAUCCACUUUGGUUGCUUACCAUUAGCUCCAUAUUGAUUCUAGUCGCUACAAGAAUUGGUAGACGCUGGAAUCAAACAGGCCAGAAAUUUGCUGGCGAUCCUGAUAUUGCUCGAACAUUUUUCUCUCAGCACCGCUUAACUCUCUGGACACUUGUAGGAGCUACUUAUUUCUGGAAUCUUCAAUCUCUUUCCAGGAAAGGAUUCGCACGCUUUCCUCAAGUAGUUGCUAGUCUGAUUGCAACUCUUUUGGCCACCGCAGCAAUUACUUUCAAACUUGCGUUUACUAAUGAAGAUUCACCUGAACUUUUGGCGGGCCUAGCAAAGAUUAUAGCAGAUAGCGAUACUGGUAUUCCACUUGUUCUCCGAGCACGAAUGGUGUUUAUCGGUAUUGCAUCGUGUCUAUUAUAUACCAUAUUAUCUUGUUUCGGUCCACCAACCAAACGCCCAAAUGGUAAUCCUUCUCCUUCACUACUCUCUUCAAGUUCCCUCACAGCUAACAAAAUCGAAGUCCCCAUGCGCACAAUCCACGAUCUCCUAGUCCUCUUCCUAAUCACACAAACUCGCGCGACAAAUAUCCCGCUCAUCCUAAUUUUCGAACUCCAAUUUUCUCUCCUCUCAAUCCUCAAUCUCUCUCUCAUAGAAAUAACAACUACCACCCUUCUACUCCAACAAACCUCCUUCUUCACCCUUGGAAACUCAAAUGCCAUCUCCUCAAUCGAUCUCUCAUCCGCUUACAACGGCGUUGAUUCCUACAACAUCGUUGCAGUGGGUCUCUUGGUGUUGAUCUCGAACUGGGCCGGUCCUCUAUAUUUUACCUCCGCUGGUAAUCUCUUACUCCUAAAGUACUGGAAAAAGGAUAGUCUGAAGAGAAAAAUGAUCUGGGGAAACCAUAUAGCGCUACUCACGGUAUUUGUAGCGAUGGGUCUGACGGCAACAAUGGUGGCGUGUACGGUUUUGAGAACUCAUCUUUUCAUUUGGACGGUUUUUAGCCCUAAGUUUUUGUAUACAAUGGCUUGGAGUGCGGGAAUGCAUUUGGCUGGGAAUGUGCUGGUUGGUGGGGGGCUGUGGUGGUUGGGGAGGGUGCUUGGGUAG